UAUCCACCAGCGAGGCCUGCAUACACUCCGCUGUUAUGGAUACCUUCACACAGGAUUACGAGAGCAAGAUGGAAACGUUCGAGACGUACGAUGAAUCUAUAGUCGCGGCGAAUCAUCAGUGCGACAUCGUUCAGUCUGUGAACAGUCAAGCACACACGCAGGAGAUGCGAGUGCAAGGUCGAGAGAGUCACGAACAGUUAAUGCUGCAACAGCAGCAGGAGCAGCAGCAGGUGGAGCAGACUCACCAGGUGACGCAUAUAGAGUCGAAUGCCGAACAGAAGAUGAUUCCGGUUAGAUUGCCUGCUUUAUUGGAUGGAGAAUACUUUGCUGUAACUAGGGUGGAAGACACCAAUGUCACAGUGCGUUGUCAGCAGUGUAAGAAACAGUUGAAUGGCAAUCUGAAAUCUACAGGAAAUUUUCUUAGUCAUGUAAAGCGAUUACAUCCCACCUUGAUGAGCAAAAUAAGGUGCAAGUCUAGUCAGAGGAAACCUGCGAUAUACUUCAACUCACUGUCAGGGUCUCCUGAUAAAUCCCUCGAAAUUGUGCGGGAAAAACGCGUAGUAUCAAAUAAUGCUAAGAAGCGCUGUAAAAUGGAGGAAUGUGCCGUCACAAACGAAGAGUCUUACGAACAGCCCGCGGAUUGGAAUGACACGCCGCUAAUUCGAGGAACCGAGGAGUCGGAAUCCUCCGAUCCAUCCCUGAGAAUAUCGCACAGCAAUUCGUUCAUGAUGGAAGAUGAGUUCGACGCAAUCGGCCGCAACGUUGCCGCCAAGCUCAGGAAUAUGAGACUGGACCAAAGAAUAAUAGCUGAGAAAUUAUUGAACGACAUUUUAUUUGAGGCUCAGCUUGGUAAUCUUCACAGAGAUUCAAGUAUCCACGUGUGAGAGGGAUGUACAAACGGCCUGUGAGACAAUGCUGUAUAUCUUUCAGUGAAUCGCGAAAGAACGAUCUUUCGUCCGAUUUGGCGAAAAGCGACGUGAUAUGAUUAAUAAAGUUAUCUAAUUCGUUAUAUAACAUCAGCGUUAUUACGCGCUAGUAUGCAUGAACGGGUAACGAUUUUCGUGAAUAAUACUAGCAUUCUAGCCUUAUUGAAAGACAAACGUUCAUAUUUUUGUGAUAUAUCUUGUUAUCUUCUACAUGAUCGUCUCGAGAUCAUUUUAUUUAGAUUUUUGGACAAAGAUGAGGAGAUAUCUAGUGAUCUCAAAGAGAUACAUAUAAGCGUAUAUUGAAACUUGUGGUUUCUUAUACAUAAAUGUACGAUAUUGUAAAUAUUUACGCAUAAUAUGGAAUCGUGGUUGGGAAAGUUGCUUUUUAAAAGUAAUUAUCGUCAUUAGUAAUGGUAACUAAUUCUAAAAAGUAGCUUAUUGGCAUUGUUACUUAAAAAAUAACGAUAUGUUACUUUUUCCAUUACUCUUUGUAGAAUGUUAGAACAAGAUCAUACAAGAUUACACAUUUUACUUUUUUAAUGUUUUUGCUCAUUUUUGCAAAUAAUUUUUUUUUCUUUUUUUUUUUUAAGGAAAACAAAGAAAUCUAAUCAAACUAAAAAAUAUAGUUAUUAAUCUUUAGACUGUACACUGAGUUCACAGCGUCCGCAACAGAGUAACAUCUAUCAUAAAAACAGGCAAAUCAGCUUGUCUGGCUCCUCUUAAAAAAAAGGAGGAAUUUGAUGUCCUGGAAUCAUGAUUAUCUUACUGAAUGUCAAGCAUGUAAAAGACGGACGUGUCAACAAUGUUAAUAUUUGUAUUUUCAGAUUUUUUUUAAAUAUUUUCAGAUAGGAAAAAGCUAGUCGUGAUAGUAUCGCGUAUUCGGAGAUACCGAAUCACGUUCAAAAUUUUCGAUCGAGAAUAUUAUAAAAAUAAAAAAUUACAGCAAAUAAAGGAAAUAAACUAUAAAACUAUGUAAAUAUAAAUAUCGACAUUAUUGAAUAGUUUCAUAUGUAUAUAACGAUUUUAUACGAAAAAAAGUAUAAAUAUUGACACAUUUUCAAUUCCACUUUUUGCAGAGAUUGUAUAGAUUAUACAUUCUUAAGAUAAAAUUUAUUUUUUAUUGCUUUACUGAACUGCACUAGAAUUUUCUCUUUCAUCCUUCUCUCUUUCACUAAUUUUCAUUUUUAAGUACAGAGUAAUAAAAGUUCAGCUAUAAAAAACAAAGCUAUAAUCUUAAGUAUAACAACAGACUGUGAAUAUUAGUCAAGACUGAAGAUUGAAUACACACGCACACAACGAAAAUUAUGUUACAAAAUAAGUUAAAAAUAUAAAAAAGUAACUGUUAAAUUUGUUACCGUUACCGAAAAAAUGUAAUUAUGUUAUCGUUACAGUUUCGAAAAGACGAAAGUAACGCCAUUCCAAAUUUGUUAUUCAAAAUAGUAACUGUAAUGGUAACAGUAUAUAUUUGACAAUGUAUUUUAUACAAGGUUGAGAAGUAACGCAUUAUGAGUGUAAUGCGUUACUUUUCAACCUUGUAUAAAAUACAUUGUCAAAUAGUGAAGACGAAAGUAACGCCAUUCCAAAUUUGUUAUUAAAAACAGUAACUGUAACGGUAACGACAUAUAUUUGACAAUGUAUUUUAUACAGGUUGAGAAGCAACGCAUUAUAAGUGAUUGUGUAAUGCGUUACUUUUCAAUCUUAUAUAAAAUAUAUUCUCAAAUAGUAAAAUGCUGCCUAAAGUAUUAGAUUGGUACAAGAAUUUUUUUUUUUUUUUUAGAUAUCUUUUAAAUAAAAUCAAAAAUUUUUUAGAAAAAGCAUCAAAGAAUUUUGACAUGAAAAAGUGUAUUAUAAUUAUUUUAAUUGAUAAAUUAAUUGUGCAAUGUUAUAUCCAAGAUUUAUUUGGCAUGGAAAGUUUUUUUGCACCAAUCUAACAAUUAUCAUAAAAAUCUAAAAAGUCUUUUUCUGUACCAAUCAUUCUAUAUAUUUUAUGAUUAGUGUAAGACAGUCAAAUGUAACAAUACAGCAAUAGCUUAUAAAUAUAAGUUUAAUAAACGAUA